GAGAAUACACAUUGCUCAUAUGUGUAUAUAAAAUGAGCACGAUAGUUUAACAUCUUUGAAGAUAAGAAAUAUAGGGUAAAAUUCUACAUAAUGGCUUAUUAUCAAUCUCUUCUUUGUUGUACUUUGUGCUUUACUUUGAUUUUGCUUUCAGGAGUGGUAACUGCUUCUUUUGGUGAUCCUAAAGGACUAAACUGCAGCGGAGAAUGCAUUAAUCCUCAAACGUGUCAUCAAGAUUGUUUUAACAAAGGCUAUUUGAAAGGUGGUCUGUGUCUUGGAGACUCUCUAGAGUACAUACUAUGUUGUUGUCGUACAGGUUGAGUUAUUGUACCCUUCAACACAUGUAAUAAAUAAAGGUAAAUUAAGGCACUUGUUAAGAGAAAAAUAAAUAUAAAAAUUUGGGGUGAAAAAUUACAAUUUUUGUAAUUUUAAAGUUUGAAUUAUACCACUUGCAAUAAUUUUAUUUUACCUAUAAUAAGUGUCUAUUUCUCAUAAAUAAAUAAAAUGCAGAUUUGAACA